AAUCUAAGGAGGAAAAUGGGAUUCAGGGGAGCCCAGGGGAGUGGGAGAAGGGCAGAGGUUAAUUCUGGGAUGCGGAAGUAAGAAGGUGGGAGCUGAGCGCGGGAUUACGGCGCAACAGAAAGAAACGCGUGUUAGAACUGCGUUUGGGGAGCUGUUUUUUUUUUUUCUUCCAGUUUCCUUUCCUUCCCAAGACUUUUUCUGGCUCCGUUUUGCUCCUCCCCCUCCUGCCCGCCUCCCCGCUGCCCCCCUCCUGCGCCUCGCGCGGCAAUGGGAGGCUCCUAGGCAAGAGAAGCAAAAGAAGGAAUUGUUUGGGAGUUCACUCAUCCAAAAGAGCGUCUUCCAUAUGGAGGGACCGGGUGCGCUGGGCGCGGCGUCCCCUGCCUUGUCCUCCCUCUGCCGCCGUGGUCCCCGCUUCCUGCCGCGGGGACCGUGAGCCCCUGGCCGCCGGUGUCAGCUGCCGCGCGCGCACACGCACUUCCACACUUAAACACACGCACACGCACGCCCAGCCCGCCGCGGCCACACGCGCCCGCACGCGCCUCCCGCCGCGGCCGGCAACUCCUCGGUCCCGGCCCCUUUGUUGCUCCCGCCGCGGUCGCUCUCCCGAUCCGUGUGUCCGGGUGUCACCGUGCGGGCUGCGGGUCCGUGCGGCGCGGUGCGCGUGGCUCUCUGCGUGGCCACCGCGCUGGCCCGUGGCCCCGGGCUCGUUCUUCCCAGGAGCCGCUGCACAAGAGCAAGCUUCCUGGAACCCGUGACCCAUGAAGUCUUGUCAACAUCCACACCAUCCAAGCAUAGCAGCAAUGAAGUAGAAGCAGCAGAGAAGAGUGAGCCAGGAGACUGAAGUACUCUUUGAGUGACUGCAGUGGCUUAUGGGACGUUGGCUUCAGCGCCUUUGCGGUACACCAUGCUGCGUGGGAUGACGGCGACUCUGAGAGGACAGCGGCCCGAGGUCACACUCACGUGCCUCCUCCUGGCCGCGGCAGGCUGCUUUGCUGACCUGAAUGAGGUCCCUCAGGUCACUGUCCAGCCUUCUUCCAUCGUCCAGAAGCUUGGAGGAACUGUGAUCCUGGGCUGCAUGGUGGAACCCCCAUGGAUGAACACCACAUGGCGCCUGAAUGGGCAGGAGCUGAAUGGCUCGGACGAUGCCCUGGGCGUGCUCAUCACACAAGGGACCCUCAUCAUCCCUGCCCUCAACAACCACACCGUGGGACGCUACCAGUGUGUGGCCCGGAUGCCUGCAGGGGCCGUGGCCAGUGUGCCAGCCACCGUGACAAUAGCCAAUCUUCAGGACUUCAAGUUAGAUGUGCAGCAUGUGAUUGAAGUAGACGAGGGGAACACAGCAGUUAUUGCCUGCCACCUUCCUGAGAGCCACCCAAAAGCCCAGGUCCGAUAUAGCGUCAAACAAGAGUGGCUAGAGGCAUCCAGAGGUAACUACCUGAUCAUGCCGUCGGGGAACCUCCAGAUCAUGAACGCCAGCCAGGAGGAUGAGGGAAUGUACAAAUGCGCCGCUUACAACCCAGUGACCCAGGAAGUGAAAACCUCGGGCUCCAGUGACAGGCUGCGUGUGCGCCGCUCUACCGCCGAGGCUGCCCGCAUCAUCUACCCACCUGAGGCCCAGGCCAUCAUUGUCACCAAAGGCCAGAGUCUUAUCCUGGAGUGUGUGGCCAGUGGGAUCCCACCGCCGCGGGUCACCUGGGCCAAGGACGGGUCCAGCGUGGCUGCCUACAACAAGACACGCUUCCUGCUGAGCAACCUGCUCAUUGACACCACCAGUGAGGAGGACUCAGGGACCUACCGCUGCAUGGCCGACAACGGGGUUGGCGAGCCUGGGGCGGCUGUCAUCCUCUACAACGUUCAGGUGUUCAAACCCCCUGAGGUCACCGUGGAGCUCUCCCAGCUGGUCAUCCCAUGGGGCCAGAGUGCCAAGCUCACCUGUGAGGUGCACGGGAACCCCCCGCCCUCCGUGCUGUGGCUGAGGAACGCUGUGCCCCUCACCUCCAGCCAGCGCCUCCGCCUGUCCCGCAGGGCCCUGCGGGUGGUCAGCGCGGGGCCUGAGGACGAAGGUGUCUACCAGUGCAUGGCCGAGAAUGAAGUUGGGAGCGCUCACGCCGUGGUGCAGCUGAGGACCGCCAGGCCAGGCACAACUCUGAGGCCGUGGCAGGAUGCUAAGCCGGACACUGCCACACCUCCCACACCACCUUCCAGACCUGGGAGCUCUGACCAGAUGCUGAAGGGGCGCCUGGGCCCCCCGGCGUCCGUGCAGCCAGCUUCCCUGCAGUGCCCGGGAGAGAAGGGGCAGGUGGCUCCUGCAGAGGCACCCAUCAUCCUCAGCUCACCCCGGACCUCCAAGACUGACUCGUAUGAGCUGGUGUGGCGGCCCCGGCAUGAGAGCAGCAACCGGGUGCCAAUCCUCUACUAUGUGGUGAAGCACCGGAAGCAGGUCACCAACUCCUCUGACGAUUGGAUCAUCUCUGGCAUUCCAGCCAACCAGCACCACCUGACCCUCACCAGACUGGACCCUGGGAGCUUAUAUGAAGUGGAGAUGGCAGCUUACAACUGUGCGGGUGAAGGCCAGACGGCCAUGGUCACCUUCCGAACUGGACGGCGGCCCAAACCUGAAAUCAUGGCCAGCAAGGAGCAGCAGAUCCAAAGGGAUGACCCUGGAGCCAGCCCCCAGAGCAGCAGCCAGCCGGACCACAGCCGCCUCUCCCCCCCAGAAGCUCCAGACAGGCCCACUGUUUCCAUGGCUUCCGAGACGUCUGUGUAUGUGACCUGGAUUCCCCGCGGGAAUGGGGGCUUCCCGAUCCAGUCCUUCCGCGUGGAGUGUAAGAAGCUAAAGAAAGUGGGAGACUGGGCUCUGGCCACCAGUGCCGUCCCUCCCUCCCGGCUCUCAGUGGAGGUCACAGGCCUCGAGAAAGGCACCUCCUACAAGUUCCGAGUCCGGGCUCUGAACAUGCUGGGGGAGAGCGAGCCCAGUGCCCCCUCACGGCCCUAUGUGGUGUCGGGCUACAGCGGCCGCAUGUACGAGAGGCCCGUGGCAGGCCCUUACAUCACCUUCACCGAUGCCGUCAAUGAGACCACCAUCAUGCUCAAGUGGAUGUAUAUUCCAGCAAGUAAUAACAAUACCCCGAUCCAUGGCUUUUACAUCUACUACCGACCCACAGACAGCGACAACGAUAGCGACUACAAGAAGGAUAUGGUGGAAGGAGACAGAUACUGGCACUCCAUCAGCCACCUGCAGCCAGAGACUUCCUACGACAUUAAGAUGCAGUGCUUCAAUGAAGGAGGGGAGAGUGAGUUCAGCAACGUGAUGAUCUGUGAAACCAAAGCCCGGAAGUCUUCUGGAGAGCCCGGUCGCCUCCCGCCCCCAACGCAGGCCCCGCAUCAGCCACCACCGCCUGAGGCUGCAGAGCGGCCGGGAGGCGUGGGGGUUAUGGCGGCGCGCGCCAGCGACCUACCCUACCUGAUUGUCGGGGUUGUCCUGGGCUCUGUCGUCCUCAUCAUCGUCGCCUUCAUCCCCUUCUGCCUGUGGAGGGCCUGGUCUAAGCAAAAACAUGCAACGGACCUGGCUUUUCCUCGAAGUGCCCUUCUGUCUUCCUCCUGCCAAUACACUAUGGUACCACUCGGAGGACUCCCAGGCCACCAAACCAAUGGGCAGCCCUAUGUCAGCAGCACCAGUGGACGGGCCUGCGCCAGUGGGGUGCAUGGGAACAGGGGCUGCCCAGCAGUGGCCAUUGGCUACGUAGGCAUGAAACCUCAGCAGCAUCGCCCAGGGGUGCCUCAGCAGCAGGAUGACACCCACAGCCUGCUGAGGCAGACCAUUCUUGGCAGAGGAUAUGACCCUCCCCGUCACUGGAUUCCCAGGAGUCCCAGGUCUAACCCGGAUGAGGGCUCUUUCUUAUAUACACUGCCUGAUGACUCAACUCGCCAGCUGCUCCAGCCCCGCAGGGACUGCCACCGCCUCUGGGAACAGGGUGCUGCCACCGGCCAGCCAGGCACGAGAGCUGCAGCCCAAGGUCCUGGGCUGGAAGCAACGCGGGACCCUCUUUUUCACCCAGGGCCCCCGUGCUGCUUGGGGCUUGCCCCAGUUGAGGAGGUGGACAAUCCUGACUCCUGCCAAGUGGGCAGAGGAGACCAGUGUCCUCAGCGCCGCACAGGGUCCCGUGUAGGGCAGGAACUCUCGAUGCAGCUCUCCCCUGGCCCACCAGUGCACGUGGCUUUUGAAACACCACCUCCUGCAAUUUAGGCAGAAGCCAGUAGCCCAGAAAGACUAUACAUUAUGGUUUUUAAAAAGAGAAAAUUGGUAUUUAUUUUUCUAUAAUAGCCAUAUUUAUAAUAUUUAUGUACUUGUAAAUAAAUGUAUAUGUUUUUGUAAUUCUGGAGAGACAUAGGGAAUCCUAGCCAUUGAGGUAUGAGAGGAAAAACAAAGAAGUCACAACAUAACAGGAGUUGCCCGGAAAAGAAGAACCCAGCAGGAGGAGGCAGCCUUCACUUAGAACCCCUUGCUGGCCUCGGACGCUGCAUAAGGCCCAGAGAAGCUGACAAAAGGAAGAAGCCCAGGCAUGUUUUUCAUGAUGACUGUGAGGGAAGAGCAAGGGCCACAGGCUGCAGACACCUGUGAAGACGGCUGGAUCUGGUGCUACAGGAAACGUUUCCAGAAGAUGCCCAUGAGAAUAGAAGAGCUUUACUUGAAGUCCAGUACAUUAACAAACCUUCCAGAAUCAGUAAUCUGUGGCAACAUAUCUCUGUAAAAACAAACACUGUAACUUCUAAAUAAAUGUUUAGUCUUCCCCGUUAACCUUCAACUUAGUCACAUAUGACUCAGCAUUCUCUUUAGCGGUUAGGAUUCAGUUGAGUAUUUGAAGAAAAUACCCACUUAACAUUUUCAAAUACAUCAAGAGAUAAGAUCUGGAAAAGGUAGCAGAUGUUCCUAGUUUUGUCUUUUGAAUACAUUCGUGUCAGUUGUAUUUUUAUUAAUGCAGAAUGCAUGAGUAACUGUUUAGUCCAAGAGGGAGACCGGGUGCAGGAAGCAAGAAGCAACAGAUUCAGACUUCUCUUACUGCCUGGACUUCAAGUAAAGCUCUGGUCAUAGCAAA